GCUCUGCCUCUCACGCCUUUUAUUUAAGAGGCCACCCCCGGGGUUUGGAAUUCUUUUCCCAGCUCUGAAUUCUCCUGGUCGUUGGGCUGCCUGUGAUCGGCUUAUCCCCUCCUCAUCCCAUUCUCACCGAGCUUCUGCCAAUCUGCGUUCGCGGCGGCGUUUCUUUUGGCCUCGCAAGCGGCGGAGGAGGAGAGAAUUCCGGGGUUUUAUCGCAAGGCAGGACAACACCAAUUUGAUGCUUUCUGAAACUAGACAAUACAACCUGAUGGUAAAAUGAUACAGAGUUAUGACACGGAAAAUGGUAGAAGACAAGAGUUCAUCACAAGACACGGUACAGAAAAGUGGGCAUGCUGUACUUGGGAAUGUUUCUUAUGACAAGGAUGUUGUGGAGAUAAAACUGGCAGACGCUAUUGAUUCCGAUAACUACGUCGGUAAUUUUGUCAAGGAUGUCUGUGUCGAUGACGGAGCACUGCUUCAUCGGACGGCAUCAGAAGAAAAACCAGUAGACAGAAGGUCAUCCCUAGAUCUCAGUUGCCAAAUGAUCGGUGCAGAUAGUGACAUAAGCUACUACGGGAAGGAAGAUCAUUCUAGAACAUCUGCGCACGAACUAAAACCAGAAGCAGUUGCACUUGCACCUCUUUGUAACAUCGGUGCAGAUAGUGGCAGAGAGUAUGAUCUUGAAGAUCGGACCGGUACUGGUUCCAUCGCAGGCAGUCCUGGUGAGAAGAAGAUAAGUUUGCAAGAGCUGCUUCUCCUUGAAAGUGCAGAAGAGUCCCGAAAUACAGGCGCAGUAAACUCCGAGAGCAGUGAAAAGCAUAAAUGUCCUCUGAAUGAAGAAGAAGCUGCACAGACUUCCAAGGACGGCGAUCCUGACGCUGAGACUGUUUUGGCCAACACCUUUGAGCAUAUUAGUGAUGGCAUAUCAAGUAAGGAGAAAGGCAGUGGUUGCCCAGCGACGAUGGCUAGAGACCAGGUUGAUACAGCUACGGCACUAGAUGUGCGAGAGCCACAGAAACUUGAUCGGUACAACCCUUCCGUUGAUCGUCGGUCACGAGAGUACACAUCGGUGCCUGAGUGCUCUAUACCAGGAAUCACAGAUGCUGCCUCCUCCACGGGUUCCAUCUGCUCUUUUCACAACGCGACGAGCAGCACCGCAACCGCAGGCUUGGGUGAAGGUGAAACACUUGAACCAGGGGCGGAUACUCUCAGCGCAGGCAGCUCAGACAUCGGUUCAUCUGAAAAGAGCCACGACAACCACAGCGGAAGUAUGUUUAGCAAGCCAAUCGCUGGUGCAUAUGGGAAUGGGAAGAAGCAAGAAAAACAUGGUCAGAUGGAUGAGGAGCACGGCAUAGGCACAGCAGACGACGCAGCCGCCAGUACGAGUUCUGCUUCUACCCUCGCGCAGGAUGGCUCUGCGCCUGCGGUCCAAGAAACCGUGCCUGGUAGUAGUAGUAGUAGUUCGAGACCGGCAGCUCGCGCCGGUGACGACCCGGACCUCUCUGGUCCCAGUAUAAUGUCAGGCCCGGUGUCGAUGUCGGGUCACAUAGCAUAUUCUGGCAACGUCUCUCUCCGGUCAGAUAGCAGCACGACUAGCACCCAGUCCUUUGCAUUUCCAGUGUUGCAGAGGGAGUGGACCAGCAGCCCCGUCAGGAUGGCGAAGGCAGAGCGCAGGCGCAGCGGUGGACGGCAUCGCGUCUGGAGGAAAGGGAUCAUCUGCUGUAAAUUCUGAUCGACCAUGGCGGGCGGCCCUGCCAUCUUAUUUGAAAUCCAGCCACCUCCUUUCUUGACACCUCCUUCCUAGUGGCUUGACCGUUGAGUGACAAGGUGUGUAUAGCUGUAGCGUAGUGACGGUUUUUUUGUUUUGUUUUGUUUUGUUUUUGUUUCCUCCGAGAAUGUGCUUAAGUGCCCACGUUUUUCAUUUGCUAUUGUUAUAAGGCAGUAGAGUAGUAGUGAUCACGCUUGGCAGAGGUGAUUAGUUUUGUACAUCCUUUUGGUGGAUUUAAAUUAAAUUAGAUGCAGCGAAAAUUCGUUCC